CCUCGAUGCCCUCUACAGCAGUCAGCACGAUGUACGUGCAUGCACGACGUUAUAUAUCAGUCGAGCCCCCUGUUUUCUCGAGCGUGCUUUGAACGUUCGGCAUACCACGGUCGCAUCCAAAUUCUGAAUCAUGACGGACGCCUUCCUUGCUACCCUCAAGGCAAACGAGUCAACGCGCAUCCAGACCGCAAUUUCCAACGCUGCCGCAAACUAUGGCGGAAGAUGCCAGGCUGUGGCAUAUCACAGUGACCGCGGUUUUUACGUCGAUUUGAAGUGGAAGGAUCAAAAUUGGGCGGCCGGCCUGAACGAGUUGCAUAUCGAACGCAACCAGGACAUCGCCGUGGAGGGCUGGUACGGCGGGGAUGGUAGGAUAGGGAUGAACAACAAUAACGCCAACGGAAAUUUUUUCAUGGGUUCGACUUGGUUGGCCAUCCCUAAGGAGGACCCUCGUCUACAAUGCGGCACUACGCAUAUUAGCUAUGCCAAUAUGUAUACGAAGAGAAUCCAGUUCGACAAGCCGUUCGUCGAGCAACCCAAGGUAGCGGUUUUCUUCCGUAGCUUGAAGCUCAAGCAAGGGCAAACCGGGGACAUGCCAGGCGGAGCAUGGAGAGCAUCGAUCAGAUGCAGAAACGUCGACCGUGGUGGAUUCGAUAUUAGCCUAUCUACGAACAGGCAGGAUACCGAGGCAGACAUCGACUGGAUCGCGCAUCUCACUGCCGAUCCCACGAUCAAGAGCGGGGAUUUUCACUGCGUGUUGACAGACUGCACCUCUCCUUUCGAAUACCCCUGUGACUUCUCGGACGGCCCGAUGCCUAAGAGUCCUGAUAUCGUCAUUCGUGGAUGGAGCGAAAUUUCCGUCAAAUCAGGGGACGACCUCAAAUGCAAACACGAUCAGAAGGACGUCAGCGAGGAAGGUUUCAACUGGGUCAUGGAGGAUUUCGUCGGUAAUAGUACGGAAACGCUUGGCGGCAAUUGGGUGGCCAUGAUGGCGUAGAACGCAAGAUAACGCUGGUUCAUGAGCGUCGUUGUAUUACGUAGCAGAUCCUAUUGUCGGGUUUUCGGUCUGUUCACGUGUGGCCUUUACGUUUGGACGGUAUCGACAGUGUAUAAUACACGAGGUUGAAGUAAUA